AUGGGCCUGAUAAACACCGAUUUCAGCAGGUGGAAGUGGAAGUGCACGGGGAGCUUCAACAGCUUAUUUUUUAAACUGGUGAUCAUGACAGGCGCUUCCUUGCAAACCACCUGGCACAGGCACCCUGACAGUUUACAGUACUGUCUGUCUCUCCUUCUCUCUCUCUCUCUCACACACACACACACACACACACACACACACGCCCCAUCCACCGCCCGCUCUGAACAGGACCCCAGCGUUGGGGACGGGGCCAAGUCAGCCAGCUGUGGGCCCUGCCAACCCUCCCUCUCUUCUAGGACUGGGUUUUUCCAGCCGGAGUCUCACUCCCUCUACAGCAAUCUCGGGAAAUUGGAGACGACGCGGCUGCUCCUGAACAUUAUUUAUUUCUUUCCUCUUUCCCUCCCGCGGGGACCCUCCUGUUGGAAGGAGAGCUGCAGCACAGGACGGAGACAGGCAGGAAGAAGCAGAGAGGACUCGGUGACGCCCCUGAGCAGCCCCCGGCCCACUCCUCCAGCAGGGGCCAUGAGCACCAAGCAGGAAGCCAGGAGAGAUGAGGGAGAAGCCAGGACGAGGGGGCAGGAGGCACAGCUUCGAGACCGAGCCCACCUGAGCCAGCAGCGCCGGCUCAAACAGGCCACCCAGUUCCUGCACAAGGACUCGGCCGACCUGCUCCCGCUGGACAGCCUCAAGAGGCUCGGCACCUCCAAGGAUUUGCAGCCGCACAGUGUGAUCCAAAGACGCCUGGUAGAGGGAAACCCGAAUUGGCUGCAGGGGGAGUCUCCCCGGGUGCAGGCCCUGAUUCAUGGCCAGGAGAGCAGGAGGAGGACCAGCAGGACAGAGAUUCCAGCUCUUCUGGUCAACUGCAAGUGCCAGGACCUGUUGCUUAGAGUGGCCGUGGACACAGGCACCCAAUACAAUCGGAUCUCUGCUGGAUGUCUCAGCCGCCUGGGGUUAGAGAAGAAGGUCCCAAAAGCCUCAGCUGGGGACCUGGCCCCUGGGCCCCCAACCCAGGUGGAGCAGUUGGAGCUACAGCUGGGGCAGGAGACCGUGGUGUGCUCGGCACAGGUGGUGGAUGUCGAGAGUCCUGAAUUCUGCCUGGGCCUGCAGACUCUGCUUUCUCUCAAGUGCUGCAUCGACCUGGAGCGCGGAGUGCUGCGGCUGAAAGCCCCGUUCUCAGAGCUGCCCUUCCUGCCUCUGUACCAAGAACCUGGCCAGUGACUGCUGUCUCAGUCAGUCCCCAGAGGGAAAGACCUUGCCUUAGCAGAAGAGGCGUGUGGGGAACGGGUGCUCUUGAAGCCAGGUAGCUGGGGACUCCGGUGUCUGCCCUUUCAAUCACCACCCUGAGCCCUGCUGUCCCAUUUCCCCCAGCCGCCCACAUUCCUCUCUGCUUCUCAGCAGCUGUCCUACUCCCCAGGGGGAGUUUUCACUAGAGCGCCCACGACGCCAGGUUUCUCAUUCAUUUCCCUCCAAGAAGAGCAAAGCCAAACCAGGACCACAGAUGGGAGGCUAAGCAAAAUGGGGUGCCUGCCUGGGCUGGGUCGAAGGCUCUGCUGACUGCUGUCCUUGCCCAGCACCCAAUUCCACCCCAAACGCAACUCAACUUCCCACACCACCAUGGCUCUCACCACACCUUCUGGGGCUCCGUAUCUCCCACAAUUACACUCACGCCUCGCCAACCUGGGUCCCUGGACCUCCUGGUGUCUGCCUCUUGGAUUCUGUGCACAUCUGCACAGAUGUGGGGGAAGAAACAUGAGACAGAAUUCAAUACAACAAAGACAUGGAGUUAGUAUAGGAAUGUCCAUCUCAUAAGGCUGAGAGCUUUCAUUAGUUAUUUUUCUGGGGCUGCAAAUGUCUGAAGCCAGUUAUUGUUCGAUUACCCUGUGCAAAACCUUGGACAUACUUCUGCUAUUAACGCUAGGUAUUUAUCCUUCUCCACUUGCUUUUUGUACCCACAGAGCCCCUGAACUUUGGGUGUGUGUGUGGCAGAGCCUUGUAGAGAACUGCUCCUACGAGGCAGACAGGACAGUGAGGCUGUCACCACUCAGACUGAACCUAUUUAGCAUUCUUUCUGAUUUCUGGAACUACCCACCUCGUUAGGCCUUCUUCCCAUCCCCGUCUCCGGUCUCUUGAGCUUAAGCUCGCCUUGUCCUGGAAUCAGUGGCUUUCUAACCCCCCGCCAGGCUUUGCCAAAGCAAAAAGACAGAGGCUUUUUCUUUUUUUUUGAAGUUUGGGGUCUGUCAGGAGAGAGAGGCUUUUCUGAAUUCACUGUGAAGAGAAGAACCCGAAGCUUCAGGCGCCAGACCCCUGAGAGUCUUUCUGGCUGGUGU